GCACAUGAAGGAAAUAAACACAAUUAAACCAAAAACAUUUGUAAUUGCAACAAUUCCUGGGAGUAUUUGUGUAUUUUGUGGAAAAAUUCCAGGGGUGCCAAUAAUUUCAUCCAUGACUGUACAUGAGAUAGACCCAAAUAUCCAAGAUAUUUUGACAUGUCCGAACCAGAAGGGCCCAGGUUUAAUGAUAAACAUAGAUAGGUUCAUCAUUAAACAACUAAACCUUAUUCAAAUAAAAUUAUGAAUAUGUACAGCAGCACUUUACCCAAAAGUAAUAUGCAACCAUUACUGGCCAACAUUCAAUCACAUCUACAGGUUCUCAGCAUCCUUAUUUUAAGGAAUCUAUAGUGACAAUUAUUAAAGUAUCCAAUAUUACAGAAAAACAAACAUUUUAAUAAAAACUAUGCAUAAGGUUAUUAUUUGUACACAAACAUUCUCCACUCUUCCUUUUUGAACCUUUGAUGAGCUUGAAAACUCCUGCCUUGUCACCUGGAAAUUUCCCACUAUUCCACAGGAAAGGGAGGGGUGUGCUUCAGCACGAACACAAUUGACUGUGACACACAAAACACGAAAAGUUUGGGCUGCUGUUGAAAUAAUCUGUUGAUUGUGCGCGGGGGGGAGAGUACAAACAUGUCUGAGUUAAGCGAUGAGGCCAGCGAAUCGGAGCAGCUGGGUGCCAGCCUCUCCGUUUGGCUGGGGGACUCCCUGCUAAGACCGGAGGAGCUGAAUGUCCCUCUGGACCUCCACACAGCCUGCUCCAUCGGCCAGUACGACGUGGUGGCUAAGUGCAUCAAAAAGCGUGAGGUGAACCUGGAUGGAAAGAACAUUGGAGGAUGGACCCCGCUAAUGUAUGCAGCUUACAUUGGCCAUGACAACAUUACAAAUCUCCUGCUGGAGGCCGGUGUGAAUGUAAAUGCUACCACUCCUAGAGGACUUACUCCCCUGAUGCUGGCAGCAAGCUGUGGCAAUGAAAGUAUUGCAUAUUUUCUGCUUCAGCAAGGGGCUGAGCUGGAGCUGAAGGAUUCUCGAGGCUGGACAGCUUUAUUCCACUGUACAAGCACAGGCCACCAGCAGAUGGUCAAGUUCCUGUUGGAUAACAAUGCUGAUGCCAAUGUUAAGGAACCAGGGUCUGGCUUCACUCCCCUGAUGGAGGCUGCUGCUUGUGGACAUGAAAUCAUUGUUCAGUACCUGCUUGAUCAUAAAGUUAAAGUUGAUGAUCGCAACACUAAAGGAGAAACUGCACGUGCCCUUGCCAUACUGUAUGGUUAUACUAAAAUUGUUAGCCUCAUUGACUCACGUUCUCCCAGAAUGAAAUCAGGACACUUUGAUGACCUGAGCUCCUCGGAGGACUCUGAUAGCGCACCACAGAGGCUUCGCCCGAGCCGAAGCAUCCACGAUGGGCCUCAAGCCAUCGCCAAGUUCCGAGGUGGAGGGACCAGCAAACUGUGUGAGCCUCAGGCUGUGCUGCCAGGAUACAUGUUUCGUAAAAUCGGUGACCAGUGUGAUGGCAUCUGCAAUCGUGAUGUGACGUCGCCAAUUAAUGAGCUAGAUGGCCAGAGUCACAGCAGCAGAGAUGACAGUCCAUUUUUUGACAAUGACAUGCCCACCAUGAGGAGCAGCAGUAGCAGUAGUGAGGGCCCGCCUCCUGUAGUUGGACACAACUGGGAAGGUUUUGUGGAGUGCAGCGAGGACUCUGAUCAGGGUAAAAAGAGCUGUUCUAGCAGAGUAAAUAAGGGUCAUCACUCAAAAGGCAAAAAUCGGCAUGGAACUAAUGAUGGUGCUCGCAGCAGUGGAACAAGAAACUGUAGCAAAUACACAUCUGUUCGUACCCCACCUUCUUAUACCGGUCCAAAGGAUCUGGCAGAGUUCUUGGAACAAAUUGGUUUCUCUAAAUACCUCCCAUUACUUGAAGAACAAGACAUUGACCUACGGAUAUUUCUUACCCUGACAGAGAACGAUCUGAAAGAAAUAGGGAUCACACUAUUUGGGCCUAAACGGAAGAUGACAUCAGCCAUUGCAAGGUGGCACAGCGGCGCUCGACCACCCAGUGAAGCUUUGGAACAAGCUUAUGCUGAUCAGCUUGAGGCUGAGAUGCAAGAGAUGGCCAUACAGCUACACAAGCACUGUGAGGAGGUAGAAAGCCUGCAGAGCCAGGUGUCUCAGGAGAAGGAGCUGCGUACAGUGAUGGAGGGAUGCCUGAUGGAGGACAAAAUGGCUUGGAAGAGGGUUCAUGCUGAGCUGGUGGAGAACCACCGGCUGGCCCAGGACAUGAACACCACGCUGGUUAAGGCAAGGACAUGUCGAGCUGAACUGUUUUCCCGUCUGACUUCAGACGGAAACAGCAGUUUGUACACUUGUUUGGAAGAUAAAGUAAAAAGUGACACUGGUGGUAAAGCUGCAGAGGCACUGACAUGUUCCAGUGUUGUAGAGCUGAUAAAGAAGCUGGAUUCUUAUGAAGAGGAACUUGCAGAGACUCUACAAACCAUUCUUCAGAGUCUGAGGCGACUGAGUGCCCCUGAAAAAGUCUCAGACAGCUGGGAACGGCCUUAAGCUUUUUAGGAGACUCCUGCCGAUAUUUGACGGAGGGUGAUCUAACCACCCUGAACAAUCUCAGCGAAAUGGGAGGAGGCCAAAUACAAGGCCGACCCUGCCCAAGCAAAGCGGCGCAGCAAGAAGGGCAGACCUGAGGCUUGUCUGUGAUUGGCUGAUCGACCAGAGCUCGCCAGAUGAGGACAAGGGCAAUGCAGCUGCUGCAGGAAAACGACAAGCAGGCAGGAAGGGCACCUGACCCCUCAUGCUUGUGCUGGUGUAUGCAGGACUCCUGAAGUUGAGCUGUGCAAUGUUGCACAGAGAAGAAGAGGAUGGACUGAGUGGAUCAGAGGCUGUAAUACUGUCAUAUGUCUACAAAACUGUACUCUCUCCCAGUGGGAAAUGUGGUGAAAGUUAUGAACAGCCUGAUACAACUCUAAAAUGUUCUGCAUAGUUAUCAUUUCAAGGAAAUUUCAUUUGUGUGUUGUUGCGAAGUGAAAACGAUGUCCUGCUGAAUGCUUUUU